AUGGAAAUUAGUAUAAAGUGGAAUAUAUGCAGAGUGUGCCUUAAGGAGGAGAACAAAAAAGACAAUGAACAAAUGAAGCCGAUAUUUGAUGGCGAUGGUGGAGGAAGCAACAAAUUGGUCAAAGAUAUAUUUGAGUCCUCUGGUGUGGUCAUGAAGCCCAACGAUGGAUUACCCGAGAAAAUCUGUCGAAAAUGUAUUUCAGUAUUAAAACAAGCUGUAUACUUUCGUAAGACAUGUAGGGAAUCAAAUAUAAAUCUACGUUCCGUAUUGGAGCGGACAAGAUCGGCUACAAAUUUCUUUAAAAAGGAAAGGAGUACAGAUGGAAUAGAAUCGGAUGAUAAUUCCUACUGUGAAGAUGAUGGUAACAGUAUGGAAGAUACAGAAAUUCAAUCAGCUCCCAACAAAAAAGAAAAAAAUAAGCGACAAAAGACUGAAGAUAUUAAGGAAAAUAUUGCUAAGAAUCACAAUAGAGAGCGCAAGAAAGAAGAAGAUGAGAUGGAUGAGGAAUUAGAUUAUUUCACCAAGCUAACGGAUGAAAUCCAAAAGGUACCAUCAACAACUGAUAACUCUGAUCAUAAUAGUCCAGAACAACAUGUAGCCACUCCUGAAAAAAAUGUACCAUCCGAAGAACAUGUUGAUGAUGACGGUGAUAUUGAUGCAAAUACAUCAAAUUUUGUUUCGAAAAUGUUAAAGGUACAAGAAAUGAUUGACAGUGAUACUUUUGAUAAUAAUUUUGCCGAUGAACAUGUGGUCCAAGAAGAAAUCGACAAAGAUAGUAAUGUUAAAAAAGAAGAUGAAUCCCUUUAUUACAUUAUAAGCAAUGAAGAUCUCAACGAGGCCGAAAAUCAUUCAAAUGAACAACAACAACAACAUCUUAAAGAAGAUCAUAUUUCAGAAGAAAAUAUUGCAUUUGUAACAUUUACUGAGGAUGAGGGAACCCAGGAUGAGGAUGAUGAUGUUGUUGACAAUGAUGAGGAGCUAUCCGAACAAUUUGGCGAAGAAGAAGAAAGUCAAAAUAAUGAUGAUGACGACAAUGUAUCAUCAACGGUUAUUACAAAAGAUGAACUUGACUUCGAAGCUACCUAUUCAAGCAAUUCACAACAAAAUAUUGAUUGUGAAUAUGAAAUAGAUCAGUUCAUAAUACAUGAACCGUCAUUAAAUGCAAAUAAACAGGAAAAUGUUACAUUAAAUUAUGAAAAUAAAUAUCCCAUAAAAAUGCACCAAUCGAAAAGGGUGUCGGCAACGACGACUGCCAGAAGAAAAUCAAUACAGAAUAACUUACCACUUAGCUGUGAAAUAUGUGGAAAUACAUUUAAUAGUAGACAAGUUUUAAAUGUCCACAUGAAAAUUCAUCGUCAAGAAAAGACACACGAAUGCGAAAUUUGUUUCAAAAGAUUUAUAACCGCCUGCAAUCUUCAGGCUCAUAUGCGUAUUCACACAGGCGAGAAACCAUUUGAGUGUAAAUUUUGUGGAAGAAGAUUUUCCGAUCGAAGUACACAUAUACGUCAUGAAAGAAUACAUACCAAUGAAAAACCAUUUAGCUGUGAUGCCUGUGGGAAAUCAUUUGCAUUGGCAACAACUUUGCAGGCUCAUUUAAAGGUCCAUACAGGCGAACGACCGUAUAGGUGUGAUCCAUGUUCUAAAUCCUUUAAACUCGCCCAUCAAUUAAAAGCCCAUAGAAAUACCAGUCUACACAAAGCUGUAGAAAAUGCAAUUGAAAACACCAAAUACAUAGAUACGUCGUAA